GUGAACCACGCAACCGCAACGCAAGGCUAAGGAAGCACUCAGCAAGCGUGACAAUAGCCGAGGGACGCUGCAGACUAAGGGGAAAUAAAAGGGGGAAGCCCUUUGCCUUUGCCUUUGCCUUUCCCAUUUUGUUUUUAAUUUAUUUUAUUAUUUUUUUCUCCGAAUUUUCAACGUCUAACUGCACAAAACGACACACUCUCAUCUCAUGGCCUCUAUCAGCUCUGUGCUUUUGAAAACCCCUUAAAACCUCCAAAAACCCUAAAUCACUCCUCCAUCAAUCUGUUUCCAAAUUCCGAUCCGCAGUCAAUUUCUGCUCGGUUCCAUUUCAUUGAUCUCUCGAGUUCGCGAAUUGUAGAUAUCGUAUGUUUUUAUAAAAUAUAUAUAUAUAUAUAUUUAUUCGCGAGCUAUCAAUACAUAUAUAUAUACAUACAUACACGAAUUCCAAGUAAUGUCUGGUUCAGAAGGCGUCGCCGAGCCUCGAGCCGUCGGCGUAGACCGAUUCUACAAAACGCCGGCGGCUCGGCUCCACCAGCGGUCAUUGCAGCAGCAACAGUCACAGAGGCAGCAGUCCCAGCAGCUACCGAAGCCGGGGAAGUCGGAGGCGGAGAUUCGGACCUACUCGGAAGAUUCGACGACGGCAUUGUCGAAACCCUCAGCGGUCCGCUCGUCUUCCGCUCCCAGACCCGCGGCGACGGAUAUGACUAACUUGGAUCGUCUGAUGGAAUCUGUUACUCCCUUGGUUCCUACUCAGUACUUGCCUGAGUUACAGGCCAAUGCAAGGGGCUGGAGAACUCGGGAACCUGAUUUGCAGAUAUACUACUGCCUUGGUGAUCUCUGGGAUUCUUUCAAAGAGUGGAGUGCAUAUGGAGUGGGAGUGCCACUGUUGUUGAAUGGGAAAGACUCAAUUAUACAGUAUUACGUCCCAUCCUUAUCGGGUAUACAGUUGUACAGCAAUCCUCUGAAGUCCUCUUCAAGGAUAAGGAGGCAUGGUGAGGAGAGUGAUGCUGAGUCUUCAAGGGAUCCUAGUAGUGGUGGUAGCAGUGACUGUGAAGCAGAUAGACGGGCCAAAUGUGCUUUUGAUGGGUCAUGGAGUCGGCAGAACCACAUAAACUUGAACUCACAGCAGAUGACCCGACUCUCAUUGAGAGAGAAAUCUGUCAUGAGCUCAUCCAGUGAUGAAGCAGAGAUCUCCAGCUCACCUGGGACCCUUGUAUAUGAAUAUAUGGAACAAGAACAACCUCAUACUCGCAAACCCUUGGCUGAUAAGGUCUCAGUUCUAGCAUCUAAGUUUCCAGACAUUAGAAAGUAUAGGAGCUGUGAUCUGCUGCCGACAAGUUGGAUUUCUGUUGCUUGGUAUCCGAUAUAUAGAAUACCUAUGGGCCCAACUUUACGGGAUCUGGAUGCAUCUUUUUUGACCUUCCAUUCUUUGUCAACAAACUCAAGAAAUACUGUUCAGCCACAGUUUCCUGCUGCAAGUGGUAGGAAGGGACAUGGGGUUACUGAUGCGUCUUCAAAGAUCCCUCUGCCAGUCUUUGGUCUUGCUUCUUACAAGUUAAAAGGUUCAAUUUUGUCUCCUAGUGGACCCCUUGAGUGCCAGCAAGAAAGUUCUCUGCUAGAAGCUGCUGAUAACUGGCUCAAUAGCCUGCAAGUUGUUCUUCCUGAUUACCAGUUUUUCCGUUCUCACUGGCGAUAGGUGCGUCAGUACCAUAAAUUCCCUGCUGCAAGGACAAGUUCAAGGUCAGUUUUGAUGUGAACGGUGUUAAAAACUAGCUUAUCAAGAAAACACUCCUCACCGUCCAUACAGCUUGGCCGAACCUUGUGCACUCUUAGAUUCUCUCUUCUAGCUCCUCUCGGAGUAUAGACCAAAGUGCUCACAGGAUUAGGAAAACUGCUUAUGGCUCCAGCCAGGCUUGGGGAGCUAAUGGUGUUGAUGAGGCACAGAUAGAAACGAUUAAAAGUCAUUUGGUUAGUUCACAGAUGUCGGGGCUGCCAUUCUGCGUUGUUGAUUAUUUGAGGCAUGGCGGGGUGCUGUAAUGAGGGAUCUCUCGCUCAUUCACUGUUUGGGGGAAACGGAAAACUGGUAUUGUUGAUGUUGUUACGUUGGUGGAACCAUCAACUAUAUUUGGUCAGUAUUCACAGAAAUUGAGAAAUUGACAACUGUAUGUGAUAGUGACGAAAAUUUGUAUUACUAAUCAGCACAUACACACCUUAAACCAGUAGAUUUUUGGCAUGGCCUUCUUA